AUGAGUACAGGAGAUUCAAAAGAAGCUAAAAUGGUAUUAAUUGGAGGAAUAGGAGAUGGUAAAAGUUCACUUGGGAAUUUUAUCCUUAAAACCACUAAAUUUGAUGUAAGUAAUAGUUCUGCACCAAAAACACAAGAGACGAUUGGAUAUAAUGGAGAAGGUGAGAGAAAGAAUGUGUUUGUUAUUGACACUCCUGGAGUUCAAGAUUCAAGUGAAAUGAAUGAAAAUCAACUAAACCAAAUGGUUGAUUAUAUUAAAGAACAA